GGACCAAGUGAUUACACGUCUCGAUUUCCCGGAAAUAGGAAAAAAAUAAAAAAUUCGUAGUAGGCCGAAAUGAAUCUUACCUGAGCCUGGCUCAUGAUCACUUCGAGUCUUUCGACAACUUGUCAUCUAUCACCUUAUAGUUAAUGGUAGGACGAAAAUGAACCUGACCCAGCCCAGCCCAUGAUCACUUCAACUACCUGCCCACCUUCAAACUUACUAGUUCUAGACUUCCAUGAAUAAUCAACGUGGAUAGCGAGUAGCCUACGGCAAUUGAAAUUGGGGUCACUGGUAAUGAAGAAACAAGAAGCCUAAAUUUUACUUUUAACCUUCCUCUUUGCUUAAAAUUCUCGAAAACUCCAACCACCUACUGCUUGUUAAAAUCGUCAACAUCCAAAUCCAAAUUCCUUUUGCAUAGCAUUCUGGAGUGGAGUAAUCAUUGUUUCAGAGAUCUUGACUUUGUACGGUUAUAGAUGGCGUACGUAGACCAUGCCUUCUCGAUAUCCGAUGAGGACAUCAUGAUGGACACAGCCUACGCCGUUAACAAUCGGCCUCCUUUCAAGGAGAUCGGCCUUGCUGUGGCUCUUCUCGUGUUUGGCACGCUUGGGAUCAUCUUGGGUAUCUUUAUGGCCUACAACAGAGUCGGCGGUGACCGAGCCCAUGGGCUUUUCUUUGCUAUACUGGGAUGCAUAUUGUUCAUUCCGGGCUUCUAUUAUACAAGGAUUGCAUAUUAUGCAUAUAAGGGGUACAAAGGCUUUUCCUUCUCCAACAUUCCCCCUGUCUAGAGCCACUGUCCUACUCCUGCUCCGCCAUAUAUACUGCUUGAGGCUUAUCUUAUACUGAGCAAUCAUAUCGAUCUCAUGCAUUUCAAGGAUUCCUUUCUUUCAUUCCUAUUUUUGCAAUGUAAUAAGCGAAGGUUGUCAUUGUUUGAAAGAAUAGAUGGAGUGGCGUUGAAGGGUCUGCUCAUGUGAUUAGUGUAUACAAUAAGGCAGCAAAUUUGUCUUUUGCCCUGUUUUAUUGGCACUGUUGUGUGGUUUGUGAUAUGUGUAGUAACAAGUUACAUAUAUGUACAUGUUCACUUAAAAAGGAUCAAUGUACAUGGAUCACUUUUUCCAUGUGAUGCUUUAAUGUGAAUUCCUUCAGUAUCACUAAAAGAAAUAAGGCUUUAAGGAAUCUCUUGGUUUGUGGAAAAAGUAGGGAGGGCAGGACGCCAAUUGGGAAAUUAUGUUAAAUAAUUGGAAACAAUUGUGCUCUUGAAGGAGCCUAGCCAUCACCCAAUAUUUUUUCAAACAUGACGGAUGUGAAUCUAGUGAGCCCCGAAGGAACUUAUAGAUUCUAGAAAUUUUGAAGGUCAUUUGUGAAUGGUUUCAUCUUUCUAUCUUUCUUUCCUUUUUUUUUCCUUUUGUGAAGACAUUUUAAAGUUCAUUUCUAAUUGGUUUCAUCUUUCUUUCUUUUUAGCCUUUUUUUUUGUGAAGAAAAUGUGAUAGAUAGUUCCUUGAAUUGAAGUAGGAACCUUGUUUCCUUUUGACAAUUGUUGGAGAUGUAUUACCUUCUGAAAUUCUUACUGUGUUUCAUGAAUAGAUAGUAAAUAUUGUUCUAAAUGUUAAAUUUCUCUUGGAUUUUGCUUGUAUGUACUUAAAACUUGUGAGCUACUAAUGCGCCGUUUAUUUGUAGUCCUUGCCUUGAGGAACUUUUAUUAUCUGCCUUGUAUGCCAUGUGACUAGAGUUGUGCUGUAAUUUCAUGAUAAUAUUCCUAUGUGGAGAUGCCAAAUCCAUUACCAGUCAAUAAUUCUUAGUUUCUUCUUUUUGUCCCUUAAUUUACUUGCAUUAACUAUUGGUGCAAAUGCAAUUAGUCUUUGGUUCUUGCUGAUACAAGUUUUAGGUGACUCAAAGGGUCAUAUGUGAGUUGUUAACUACAUGAAUGUCUCUCAUAUGUUUACCUGUAAACCAUUGUGUGUAAUCUUUCCACUAAACAUAAUUAGUUAGAUAAUGCAAUACAGUCAUAAUUGAGUCCAAAGACUUGCAAUAAGCAGAGUUAUUCUGCUUUCUUUUGAGCAAGGAUUGCUCCCAUGUCAUUAGAAUACUACCUAAUCCUGAUGGUUUAUUCUGUCAACUGUCAUCAACCAAUAAAGUUGCAUUGCCCAUUCCACAAUCUGCCAUGUCUUAUAGAAUUGUAUUGCAAUUAUUAAUUUGUACUAAAGUUUUCAACCGAUGGUUAAACUCCUGCAUUCUUAUUAUAAUCUUUUGCACAAUCUGCUGAUGCAGAAGUGGGUAGUGGUCUGCUGAUAUAUCUGUUUGGCUGACUAGAUAUGUAUAGGACAUGAAAAUGUCUAAGUGGGUUGACACACACAUUUUUAAAGAUAAAGGGAUUUCUUAAUACCUUUACCUUUUGUGUAGUUAUUCUUUCAAAGGAGUUAUCAACUAGUUUUUGGUGUUGAGCACAGAAGCAUGGCUAAUACUAUAGAUCAAUAGUUGGACUCUUUACACCAAUUUGUUACAUUCAGGUUGAAUUAGUUUCAAUUCAGCUGUAGUGUGACUGUAGUGUGAAUGUCCUAAACCUUUUCCUGACUUAGCUUUAUCAUCGAGUAUUAGCCAUGUGGUAUUUGAUCUUCAUAGUAUAUUACUAUUGAGCAUCAUUUAUCAUUUUGCAUGAUAUUUUUCACUAGAAUCAUGUAUUCCCUCUUUGUAGACUAGGGUUUAGUGUAGGUAGUAUGCCUUGCUUGGUGGAAUAGGUAGUCCUUCACUAUGUAGUAUUGUUACUGGUUUCUUGGGGCAUUCAUAGAUUACGAAUGAUGUCAAGAUUGAUUGUGAUGGAAGAAUUAUUGGUGGAUCUACGGUGAAAAUUGAUUCCUAUGAAGGAUGAAAUAGAAAGGUAAAGUUUGAGAAACAAUAUAGAUAUAUACAAAUAUUAAGGUUGAAUGAAGACAAUUGUUUGGUGGGAUCACAGUUAAGUUAUCAAGAUGUUUUGCAUAUUACAAUUAUAAGAUGAUAAGAGAUGGUGAGGGAGGUAAAUUGGGGAAUACAAAGAAAGGGUGCUGCAAGACCGUCCAUGGAGCUGUGACAGAUUAUUGAUGCUUUUGAGUUUGAUAGGUGGGAACAAGUUUCUAUGUCAUUAUGACUUGGGCAUCAUUUUGGGUGUAGAUAUAUGAUCUGUUGCAGUAUUAAUUUAAUCAAAUGGUAUAAAUUUUGCUGGGGGGAUUGAUACAAGAUGUAGACAAAGUUGAUAUUGCAGAGGAAUAAAUUUUGAUGAGGUAGGUAUUCAGGCUCUGUUUGGUAAAGGUUUUUACUUUUCCCCCCUUUUUUUUUUUGCAAAAAAAAAGGAAAAGAAUGGCAAAGGAAAGUAAAAAAUAAAAUUUGAAUAGAAAAUUAGAUACAAAUAGCAAAAAGAAAAAGCUUUAUCAAACGGUGGCUCAGUGUUGGGAAGUAAAUGAAUAAUGCAAACCCAUUGAUAAAGGGGGCAAAGAUGUAGUGGGUGAUAGAUUUGUUUAGGUUAUGGUAUAAGCUUCUUUUCUUCCCCCUACUAUUCUUGUCUUUUGGGGAACUUAGACAGUGUGAGAAAGUGUCAUGUUGCCAUAUGAAGAUGGCUUAGGGGUAAGGAAGGUUAAAUUCUAGCUUUUUUCAAUUUGAUUAAUUUGGACUUUCUAAAUGUAUAUAUUGAAUAGCUAGAUGUUCAUAUCGAUAGAUGAAUGCUUCUGGAAAUGGUAAGGAUCAUGGAGGUGGACGAGAGGAGAGUCAUGAGAGUAUGGUAGCAGUGGAUGAGCAAGGGAGGGUAAAUGCAAAAUUUGGAGAGCAAUGAAAAGUUGAUAUGAGUUAAUUCUGAUAUGGAAUCAACGAAUCCUGAACACCAAGUUGUAGGUGGAGAUUUGGGGCUGGUGUUGUAUGCUUAGAUAACUAAUGACAAGAUGAUGGAAGAGAUCAAGGGGAUCACCUUUAGAAAUGUUGAAACUGAAUAUAUUAAGGACAGCUAAAGUUCUCCUGCAUGAAAGCAAUUUGGUUAGGGAUUGCCAUAUGUAAAAAAAACAAGUUCAAAAUUUGGAAAUAAGAUGAGAUUUACAUUAUGGGAAUAUCAAGGGGAAAGCUAAGAUCAUUUGGAUUAGGCUUAUAUGUUUAAAGGUGAUUGGGGUUUAAAAUAUAAUAAGAGUAAUGAGUUGAACGGAAAUGGUGCUAAAACGUCUAGUUUUAGUUGACAAAUAGAAAUGAAGAUUCAAAGAGCUAGUGUCACGAAUCCCAAAUUUGUAAAGAGAAGGGAAAGGGGAGUUUGUAAAUAAUGGGUUUUCCUCCAUGUAAUAGGCAUGUCUUUUGGAUUGAAAACUCUGACCCGUGAAAUUAGGAAUAGGAAAAAAGUCAAAACCAAGAUAAAUAUCAGAGUUUGUGACGAAGAGACAUAAAAUAGGAGAAUAGAUUCGUGACAUUAAGGCAUUUACAGUAAUUGAGGUUGAUGAGGAGCUUGUUGAGGAACCUGAGGAAAUGUUAGAGAUUGGAACUACAUUAUAGUUAUGCUGUUAACAAGGUGCUUGGCAUGGAUCGUUGAAGGCUUGAGUGCAUUCGUGCAAUUAAGUCUCUUUAGUUUCUAAGAUUAUGCAAAUAAAGAAAUUUAACAAAUCUAAUAUGAAAAUGUAGUUUAGUACACAAAAAGAUUACGAUUUUUCAAAAAACCAUAGUAAAAUAUACAAAUAGAC